GCCGAAAUGAGGCAGACAGCAAUUGGAGAUGCUCUGUGGAAACGUGAUGUGGAUCUGGAAGGGAGCUGGGCACCCCGGACUCGGUGGUAGCUCGCAUUUACUCAGGGUGUGAAGGUAUGGACCAUGAGCAGAAGCCAGGAGCCGGGCUGCUGCAGCUGCUGCAGUUUCUGUGGCUGCUCCCCCACGCCUGGGCGGUGCCCGAAGCUCCUCCUCCUCCGGUGUGGUGGGAUGGCCUGCAGAACCACACCUUCCGGCACACUGUGUUCUGCCAGCUCGGGAAUCCCAGCAUAGGGCUCUCUGAGUCCUAUGACGAGGACCAGCUCUUCACCUACAACUUCUCCCAGGACACCCGAGUACCCCGGCUGCCUGACUUUGCAGGCUGGGCUCAGGAACAGGGAGACGCCUCUGCCAUUUCAUUUGACAAGGACUUCUGUGAGAUGCUGGUCCAGCAAGUGGGUCCGAAGCUUGAAGGGCAAAUCCCAGUGUCCAGAGGUUUGCCUGUGCCUGAGGUGUUCACACUGAAGCCCCUGGAGUUUGGCAAGCCCAACACGCUGGUCUGCUUCAUCAGCAACCUCUUCCCGCCGACCUUGACUGUGACCUGGCAGCAUCACCUCAACCCCGUGGGGGGAGCCAGCCCCACGUUCAUCUCGGCCAUCGAUGGGCUCACCUUCCAGGCCUUCUCGUAUUUAAACUUCACACCGGAACCCUAUGACCUUUACUCCUGCCUCGUGACACACGAGAUUGACAGCUACACACCCAUUGCCCACUGGGUACCCCAGAACGCCCUGCCCUCAGAACUCCUAGAGGAUCUGCUGUGUGGUAUGGCCUUUGGCCUAGGUGUGCUGGGCAUCAUCAUGGGCAUUGCCUUCUUCAUCUGGUCCCAGAAGCCUUGCUCAGUCGACUGAUUCUCCACCAGAGCUUGGAACAGCACAGCCUUGCCACAACCCAGCCCGCUGGACCUCCUUCUUGUCGGAUUUACUCUGGACUCUUGACUCCAGUGGUUUGUCGUUUCCGAUUCUGCAUUCCUUAACCUGGACACAGCUCCUCAGACAGGGAGGUGGGGAAGUCCCUCUCCCAGCCAAGCUCCUGUCCCCUGAUCUCAGCAGAGCUUCUUAUCCAUCAGCUUGUGUAAAAUGCAUGAGAGAGGACGGUAGAGUUUCUGUAGUCAAUAAAAUGGUUGAGGAAAUUGCA